AUGACAGCACCAGUCGCCGUCGUCACUGGCGCAUCUUCAGGCAUAGGACGCGCCCUGGUUCAGCAUCUGAUCAAGUUGAAAUGGAAUGUGGUGAUGGCAGAUGUCACAUCUCCAAGCGAAACCGUUCCAGGCACUCUUUUCGUCCAGACAGAUGUAUCCUCGUGGGAUCAACAAGUACACCUAUUCCAGAAAGCAUACGAAUGGCAGGGUCGACUUGAUUUUUGCGCGUUGAACGCUGGAAUCGAUGAUCGAGACGACAUCUUCACACUUCUCGACGAACCACCAAGGCGUCCCAACUUGGCUACAUUCGAGGUCAAUGUUAUCGGAGCAUAUUAUGGGAUCAGCAUAGCCGCGCAUUACUUGUCAAAGACGAAUGCUGAAGCUGGAAAAUUGUACAAGGGCGGCAAAAUCGUUCUCACCGGCUCAGGUGCUGCGAUAUGGCCGAUUCCAGUUUUGCCACAGUACACAGCAACGAAACAUGCAAUUACUGGGCUUGCCAUCGUCGCCACGACGAUUCUUCCGCAAGGGGUGCUUGAUGCAAUGUCCCCAGAACAGCUCACACCAAUGGAUACAAUCAUGCGCGGUUACAACUACCUAGCCGAUCUGGAGAACGCCUAUCAAGACGAUUGGAAGGAAAACGACGGUGUCUACGUUGCCCAGGCGCCCAGUCAUGAGUAUUUCGGGCCUAAUAGCUUCCUUUCGAUAUGCUCUCGACCCGGUAUCGAGUGGGUCAAUUCAAAGUCGACUUCGGAGGACUUCGAGCCCGUUGCGGUCAACCUCACGAAGAGCAUGGCGCGCAGACUCAAAGUCGAGGGCACCCUCCCAACCGCUCGCGCAAUAGAGCCUGAGCCAGAUGUUGCGUGGAAGUACAGCUCGGAGUACUUCUCCAACGCUCCUGAAGCCGCCUUCCGCAUCGUCGAUCAGGCCUGGUUCAAUGCCCGCUUAAAAGCACAUUUCGAUCAUGCUCGAGACGAUAGCGCGUGGUAUGCACUGCGUAAUGCUCUCUUGGCUGCCGGCUGUCGCAUUCAUCUUUCGAAAACAGCUGGCUUCCGUGAGGCAAAGCGCGCUUCGUGGGCGCUGUUUGAAAAUGCCAUGGCUUGCCUUCCAAACCUCUUGCUCUAUAGCUCGUCGAUGAUAGGUGUUCAGGCUUUGACGCUUAUGGCCUACUUCUCAGAAGGCCUUUCAAGCUCAUCCCUACAGUACAUGUUGACGUCGAAUGCGAUGCGACUGGCAUGCUCCAUGGGAAUGCACCGGCAGAGUGCACUCUCAUGGAACAUGCCUCGCAGAGAAGUCGAGCAUCGCAACCGUUUGUUCUGGGCUAUAUAUUGUCUUGAAAAGCAGACGGUAUCUCGCUCCGGCAGGCCAUCGAUGAUCGGUGACGACGAGAUCAGCUGCUGUCUAGCAGACCAGAAUGAUGUGCAUCUCUUCUGUCGACUGCUCGUCCAUCUCAGUCAAGUCUCAUCCUUAGUCGCGAAACGCCUCUCGAAUGCAUCUGCGUUGAAGCAGAGCAUCGCUGACCUCACCUCGACUAUCUCUAAACUAUCUGCUGAGCUCGACCGCUUCAAGACCGCUACAUCUGAAACAUACGACUUUGACCUAUCCCAGCCCCUGGACACACUCAAGCUACCAGCUGGCCUGGAUUCCCGCCAGGCCCUUAUCCUCUACUUUUACUAUCACUGUAUCGUAUUGAACGUCAAUGUCUUCUUAUCACGGCCAUGGACAGGUGGCCGGAUCGAACAGCACAAAGACGACAGUCACUCUGGACAGGUCUCCCACGCGACUUCUCGUGGUGCAGUCGUCCAAGCGUGCCGCAGCAUCAUCCUCGCGUCAAGAAGUGUCCAUGUGGAUGCUAGUUGUGCCUCUCUUGUUGCAGGAUUCGGCUUGAUUUACGCCUCCAUUUGUACAUUCACUCACAUCUUGCACGCCUCCGAAAUGGGUACAUGUCGGUCAGAGCUUUUGCUGCUCGACAUCGCGAUCGGUUGCUCUCACAAUCUCGAACUUCAAACGGAGGGAGAGUGGUCUCUGCCGUUCCUGCAGGACCUUCGACGUAUUGCAGGGGCAGUUGUCGAACGGUCGCGCGGAGACGGUCCCAGAGAUAACGUGACUGACACAGCCCGCCCUACAAGCAUGGCGAUGGGACAUGGUGGAAUACGGUCCCAAGAAACGAAUGACGGUGGCGUCCUUUCCCCAGAGACGCUUCCACCUCUUGAUACGCCGACACCAGACGACUUGGAAAUGUGGAGCACAUUGCUACAAUUGCCAGAACCUGGAGAACCGGGCGAACUUCCCUGGUGA